AAGAUGAGUAUAGAAAGAGAUGUCAUUCAGAAAGAAAGUGAUGAUGACCGAUAUUUUGACUGGAAAGGAAGAGAGGCAGAUCCUCGAAAGCACGGUGGAACCAGAGCUGCUGCCUUUGCAUGUGUUGUGGAGGUGUUGACAAACAUGGUGUUUUUAGCCAAUGCCAGUAACUUUGUGAGAUACUUCUUGUUGUCAAUGCAUUACCCACAUGCUACAGCAGCAAAUAUGGUGACGAAUUUUAUUGGAACCUCCUUUUUGCUCUCCAUCCUGGGAGGAUUGAUCAGUGACUCACUCUUCACAAGAUUCACAACCUUAAUCAUCUCCUCUAUCAUAGAGUUGCUGGGAUUAAUUUUGCUGAGAAUCCAAGCUCAGCACGCAAAAUUUCGACCAGCAUCGGGUGCUACGCCUUCUCGGUCUCAAGCAGCCAUUCUAUACACUGGCCUUUAUGUCGUUGCUACCGGUGUAGGUGGAAUCAAUGCGUCCUUACCUGCACACGGUGCUGAUCAGCUUGAUCACUGCAAUCAGAGACUCAUCUCUACCUACUUCAAUUGGUUUUUCUUUUCCCUGUGCCUUGGGGGCCUCCUAAGCUGUACUGUUAUGGUUUGGGUGGAAGAGAACAAUGGCUGGAAUUCGAGCCUUACUAUUACAAUUAUAGCCUUGAGUUUGGCACUUUCAAUUUUCGUCAGUGGGAGCCCAUUUUAUCGACAUAAACGUCCUGGAGGAAGCGCAUUGACAAGAAUCUUUAAGGUUCUUGCUUCUGCAGUUCGAAACUGGAAGGCCUCACCCGAAGAGAGAGUAUUGGAGAACCAGUAUGCAGUAUCUGCAAUCAAUUCGAACGGAGUUAAUGUGCGAUCCCAUAACAAGUAUAAGUUCUUAGACAAAGCAUUAAUUGAUAGCACAAUCAGUGCAGCUCAAGUUAAGGAAACAAAAACUUUUAUAGGCCUUCUACCCAUCUUUGCAAGCACAAUCAUGAUGAAUUGCUGCCUAGCCCAACUUCAGACAUACUCAGUGGUACAAGGGAGCACAAUGAACCGAAAACUACACAAUUUCGAAAUCCCAGUUCAGUCAUUAACCGUACUCCCCCUCUCCGUUAUGCUUGCUUCUAUUCCCUUAUACGAACGAUUCCGAAGAAUCUUAGGAGACAAAAACUCAGCAAAAAGUCACAUCUUCCAACCACUUUGGAGGAUUGGAGUAGGGCUAGCACUAGCAUCUGUAUCAAUGGCUGUAGCCACCAUAGUCGAAUCUCAGAGACGCAAGGUGGCUCAUAAAAAUGUUACAUUGUCUUUCUUCUGGCUUGGCUGGCAAUACCUCUUCCUUGGAGUCUCAGACAUGCUCACUCUUGGAGGAAUGCUCGAGUUCUUUUACUCGGAAGCGCCUGAUAGCAUGAGAAGCAUGUCCACUUCAUUGUCAUGGUGCUCAACAUCAAUGGGUUACUUUUUGAGCUCAGUUUUGGUGUCCAUAGCAAAUUCAUUGAGUGGAAGAAUUGGUAAAGAGUGGCUUGGAGGAGCUGAUGUGAAUCAUUCACGUUUGGAUCUGUUUUACACACUUCUCUGCAUUCUCAACACUCUCAAUGUUCUUAAUUACAUAUACUGGGCUAGGAAAUAUUAGAAGAACGCCGCUCUUCCUUACCUACAGCUGCAAAUCAUAUACUGGCACAUAUGCAUAAGUAACUUAUUGCAAGCAUUUACAACAGAAAAAGCUUCUUGUACGUGUCAAACUAUGACACUCUGCAGUGAAGAAUGAGUAUUUACUAUUUAGAUAUAAGUAGGAAAGUAUAUAUUUUUGUUGUAGUAUGUUGUUGUAACAAAUUUCAAUUAACCGAUAAUACCGUAAUAAUCCAUCACAUU